CGUUUCAAAGCAAAGUUGGAUUUGAGAAAAGAAAAAAGGAUGGCUGUGACGUUUUCCCACUCUUUACACUCCUCGACUCUGUCGCUGUUACCUUCGCCUUCUCCUCUCCCGCGGUCGCCAUUGACGAAGCCGGUUCGAGCUCAACUCAAGCCGAUGGACCACCACGAUGAUCUCCGCCGGAAAUUCAUGGAGUUCCCUCACGUUUCGUCCGCGCGCCGCCGCCUCAUGACGGAUCUCAUGUCGACGAUGGAGGACCGCCUCGGGUCGAAGCUCCUCCCCUGUACCCUUCCUCCCGAUGUUCGGUACUUCCAGAACCAGGGCGGGAACGCUGAAGCCUCUCUAUACAUCAGAUCCGGCGAGAUUUCCUCUCCGAUCGACUUCAUCUUAGGAAGCUGGAUACACUGUAAGCUGCCGACAGGGGCAUCACUCAACAUAACAAGCAUGUCGGGCUACCUCAACUCAUCAACCGAAGCUCCAAACUUUGUGAUAGAACUCAUCCAGAACAGCCCCACUUCUCUGGUCAUCAUACUGGACCUCCCCCACCGCAAGGACCUCGUCCUCUAUCCAGACUACCUCAAAACAUUCUACGAAGACACUCGCCUCGAUUCCCACCGGCAAUCUCUCCUCAAUCUUGCCGAAGUCAAUCCAUACACUUCGCCAUCUCUCUUCGUCCGGUCCGCCUUCUCUCCAGCCGCUGCGAUUCUGGCGGUGGAGGCAGAGGAGGGGCGGAUGGACGAGAUUCUGAGGGAUCAUGUGAGAUCAGCCGCCUUGGAAGUAAUGGGGAUAUGGCUGGAUCGGUGCGUGGAGGGAGAAGGGAGAGAGGUGGGAGAAAAGGAGAAGGAGGAGUUGGAGAGAAGAGACAAGAGCUUCAGAAGGAAAACCAUUGAGGUUGAUCUCGCUUCGAGCUUUCCGAUGAUGUUUGGUGAGCAAUUAGCAACUCGAGCGUUGAGCUUCAUCAGGGACGCUUUCCAUGUCUAGUUCUGUAGUUGUAUCCAGGGCUCAGCAUUUCGGUUCGGUUUUCUAUAACUGGACCCAUCUAACCCGAAAAAUAAUAUCUGAAUUCGAGAUGAA